AUGACUACGGCCGCUGCAGAAGCCAUCGACAGUACCACCAAAUCUUUGUUCGUGACACUAGCCCAGCACAGUCUACAUGAGUGGCGGAGGACAGGUCGAUUGCCCGACGAUAAUGUCCGUCUCUUCCGAUCACAGACCGACUUACAUCCAACACAACAGACGAACGUCGGACACAUCAUGGUGGACAUGUGGCUCAGAUUCCAGUUCGAUCAUUUGGUCGAAUUGCAGGAUGAGAUCAUGCUACACCUCAUCCGCUAUUUUGAGGAUGACCAAGUCCAUAUCGGAGCGGUCACAAAGGCUUUCGAUGUGGGCAUCUUCCCGACCCUCGCUUUCUUCCCAGAGUCGAACCUAGUGAGGAAUCUGCCCAAAUUGCAUCGCCUGUUGGGCGAGGAAGUGAUGCGUCGCAUCUACGAGCACCGGAGCAUACGAUUCGAAGAGCUGUACGACAUGUUUCGACGCUUUCCUCCGCUCAAGGAGUCCGUUUUGCAAGCGGUAGGUAGAGUGCUCCAGUCCAAGAUCGAGGAUGAACGGCGAUGUGUGGACGUGAUCGACCCGUUUUCCCUGCCAGGUGACAAUAUCGCAGGGACGAACGACGGAGAGCCGAGGACAAAUGUACAAAGAGAAGUUGCAGAGAAGCUGCGCCACCCCGCGAGGAUUUUUCAGAACCAGCGCACAGAGUGCCAGUACAUGUUCGCACGCUUUGCGUGGGACAUAUUUCCGAAGUUACAUACAUUCCUCCAAGCAGGUCAACCACGCCGACUAUCAGUCUGUCAAUUCGACGGCAGGAAAGGAACCAGAUUUUUUACGCCUUCGGAAUGCCGAGCUUUCACGACUGGACAAGGCAGGGGUCGGAGCGCAAGUCCAACUAAACGGCAGAGGACUGAGGUUGAUGGUCAACAUGACGGCGUCCUCUUGAAGCGCAAGUGGACUGAAGACGGGCGCUUCUACUUUCUGACGCAAUUUUUGAUCAAGCUCUCCAUCUUGUUGCAGUAUUUCAGACUCAGUCGUGAGUCCCGAGGUGCCCUGUACUACAGCACCACUGCAAUGGCAUCGCUCCUAGUGAUACAUUUCAUGUGCACAGUCGUGGUCACAUCUCUACAAUGUAGGCCAAUCGAAAAGUACUGGCGACCAGAAGUCGUCGGACAUUGUAUCGAUAUCACCGCUUUUCUUUAUUCAACCGGCAUAUUCACUAUCGUUACCGAUCUCAUCAUGCUUGCGCAACCUGCACGCACCAUCUGGAAUAUACAGCGGCCGCGUGCCCAAAAGCUCGGCCUUGCUUGUGCAUUCCUCGCAGGCGGACUCUCUACGAUAGCGAGCUGCGUGCGUUUAUAUUCGAUCAAGAUCUACACAGAGUCCAGCGAACGUAUUAGAGAUGCCGCUCCGAUCAACAUAUGGUCCUUCAUUGAGCUGAAUGUGGGAAUAUGCUGCGCUUCUGUCGGCGGUGAGCCUGGUCGAGACUGA